CAUCGCUUUGGUGGUACUCAAUUGUCGGGAAAUGCUAAGCAUUCGCAAUUCCGUAUGCGUUUCGCUGCAAGGACGCAAUUGCAUCUCUAGAUAUCGCCCCGAAAGCGUAGCCAGGAUUGGCAACACCAAACUUUGCGUCGCCAAUAACGUAAUUUUACGCAACUACAAAAGGACACCUAAAAUUUCACAACUUUCUUCUACUUCUCAGGAGAUUGGUAUCACCCUCAACAAAUUCACCAAGGCCGAUAAGUUUGAUUGGGGCUCGGUGAAGAAGGAAAUAUUCGGCGAUUUUGGGAAAACCACUGAUCAAGAAGAUAUAAAAAGAGUAACUUACAUUCCCGAGCGUCUUCCUGAUGAAAAAGUAACAUCGAUUGAAGAGGUUACUGAACCAGAUAACGAGUUUCUAGAAUUUUCAGGCACUGGUUUGCUCUGGAACCCUCCCUACGCACCUAAUCCACGUCCAGCACACCUUGAAUUUGACUAUAUCAAGGCUUCUGGCAGCCGAAAACGUGCAAACGCUGUUGUCUGUAUGACCAAGGGCACUGGAAACAUCACUAUCAAUGAUCGCCAUUGGAUGUACUAUUUUAAGGAAUGGACUGUUCGAAACCACAUUAUCGAACCCCUUUUAAUCACCGAAUCCCUUAACAAAUGGAACAUCCAAGUUCGUGUCAAAGGCGGUGGCUUUACCGGCCAAUCAGAAGCCAUCCGUUUAGCCGUAUCCAGAGCUCUCCUGAAAUGGGACCCCGAAUACUAUCCCCCUCUAAAACUCGCCGGAUACCUUACUCGCGACAAACGCGAAGUCGAGAGAAAGAAGCCUGGAAAACGCAAGGCUCGUAGAAGUUUUCAGUGGGUCAAACGUUAAUGCUGUGUAUCGAUUUUUGUCGAAUAGCAUGUUUGCUUUUAGGAUUAGUUGGCGAAUUCUAAUCGAAUGUCCUAUUUUUUUCAAUCUACAAUCGAGAAAUUUUUGCGUUUCCUUCAGCUACAGAAUGAAGAAGUCAUCCUGAAUUUCAAUUUUGAAGCGGACUGCAUGUAAAACGUAAUUAACGCAUUCCACUCAUGCAUUUUUGUUUCUAAUCCAUCGGCAAACGGGAGAGCCCAUGGUAUUGAAUUAGUCCUCUUUGUACAAAUUAAGUGAAUUUUCCUGGCAUAUUGAAGCUCUAAUGUAUUUAAUGUAUGUCAUGGACAUUUAGUACUAAAAAAAAAAAGCAGUGAACUUGCCAAAUCGUCAAAUCACUCACCUCUGUUGGAAAAAGACUUCAUCUGAAACCUCACCGAAUAAAGAGACGGUCGUUCAAUGCCCUUAGCGAA